UUCCUUCACGAAACUUUUAUUUAUUCCUGCACUAAGUACUUCAGAAAGGGGAACUGACUGCUGCAGAAACCAAAAGGGACACAGCUGCUGUCUCGCAGGUGGACAAACUUUUCAGUCUGGCGCCCGGCGCGAGGAGCCCCGCGCAAGAAACACGAUGGAGGCAGCUGAUAGAGAGCAGCUGGUCAGGGAUGCUGAUCAGUUAAUAGCACCACCCAAUGGUGGCAUAAACGAACUGCUGAAUGUGGGGCAAGAAGACAACGUGCAGGACCAGGAGGAGUUUCUCAGCCCGCAGGCAGAGUACAACGAGGAGGAGGAGGAGAGGAAGUACUACAGGAGGAAGAGGCUGGGAGUCAUCAAGAAUGUCCUUGCAGCCAGUGUUGGAGCCAUGAUUGUGUACAGUGUGUACAUGGGCUUACUUCAGAUGCAGCUGAUCCUCCAUUAUGAUAUGACGUACCGAGAGGUGAAGUACAGCAACCUCGGCCUGGAGGACAUCGAUCGGAAGAUACUGAUGGGCAUCAACGUCACGCCCAUCAUAGGCCUGCUGUACACCCCUGUACUGAUCAGGUUUCUAGGUACAAAGUGGAUGAUGUUCCUGGCUUCAGGAAUCUACGCGCUCUUUGUGUCGACCAAUUACUGGGAGAGGUACUACACCUUGGUUCCGUCGGCCGUGGCCAUCGGAGUGGCCAUUGUGCCGCUCUGGGCCUCCUUGGGAAAUUAUAUCACAAGGAUGGCGCAGCAGUACUACGAGUACGUCAACUACAAGGAGGAGCAUGUGCAGGAGCAGAAGAAGCCCCCGAAGGGAGCGUGCCACAGAUACAUCAUCGUCUUCCAGUCCAUCUUCCACAUCAUCUUCCAUCUGAGUCUUGUCUUCGCCGAGUUCCCCAUGCUCUUCGUCCUCAACAACUACCUGCGUAACAACGACCACAUCCUCCACAAUGUCCACAGCUGCGGAGCAAACAUCAGAGGCGUGAUCCCCGGCUUCAACACCACCGUGCUCACCAACCUGCCUCGCUCCAUGCUGCUCAUCCAGGUGGAGAGUGUCCUCAUGGGCUUCGCCUUCCUCGCCAUGAUCAUCUUCCUUGUGCUGUGCGGUGCUGCCUACCGCCCGACUGAAGAGAUCGACCUUCGCAGUAUCGGCUGGGGAAAUAUCUUCCAGCUGCCUUUCAAACACCUGAGAGACUACCGCCUGCGCCUGCUCUGCCCCUUCUUCAUCUACAGCGGAUUUGAAGUGCUGUUUGCCCUCACUGGAUUCUCCCUGUCCUAUGGCGUCUGCGCUUUGGGCCUGAAAAGCCUGUGGCUCCUUAUCCUGGUGUACGGCCUCUCCUGCUCCAUCUUUUCCUCCCUCUCCCUCUGCCUCUUACGCCUCCCGCGCUGGGUGUGUCUGAUGGGGGGCGCGGCUGUGCACGCAGUGCUGCUGGUGGUUCUCCUGGCGUUUUCUCCUCUUCCAAAGACACCUUCAUAUAUGGGUCCUCUGCUGGUGAUCUCUGUGCUGUGGGGACUCGGCACCGCCCUGAACAAGACGGGCGUCAGCAUUCUGCUCGGCAUGCUGUACGCUGAGGAAAAAGAGCGUCUGGACUUUGUCUACACCAUCUAUCACUGGUGGCAGGCCGUCGCCAUCUUCAUAGUUUACCUCUGGUCCCACCUGCCUAUGAGGGCCAAACUCUCCAUCCUGUUGGCCACGUUAUUGCUCGCCUGCUACUGUUAUGGGGUGAUGGAGCGUCGGCUGGCCAGGAAAGUGCCUUUCAGACUGCCUCGCAUCCCGCGGCCACGGCACAAGGUCAAAGGCUACCGCUACCUGGAAGAGGACAACUCAGAUGAGUCAGAUUCUGAGAGAGGUGAUGACGAAGAGGACGAGGAGGGGCAGGAGGAACAGGAGCACAUGGUGGAGGAGAUGGCCGCAGAGGACGAGGAGGAAGGAGGCCAAGACGCAGGGGUCCGGGGAGCUGACUCACCCGCUGCCAGGAGGAGAGGGGUCGAGGGUCACCGCCGCAGACGGGAGGACGCCCAUGUGAGGGAGGAGCACGAGGGAGAGUGAGAGAAGAAGAAUGUGUGGAGAUGGUGGACAGAUGGCAGAUAUACAGAAGAGGAAGGGAAGUCCUGGAUGCUGCUGUGCUCAUGAUUACAUUCAAAUUUCUACUUUCUUACAUACUACACAACAAAAAUAUUCUUUUCUGGCAUAAGCUUUGACUUAAGGAUGCUCGAUUAUGGCAAAAAUCAUAAUCAUGACUAUUUUGGUCGACAUUCAGAUCCCGAUUAUUUAACACGAUAACUCAUGAAACGUAUCGCUGUUAAUUAACCUUUUAAAAAAAAACUAUACUAUAUUAAUAUAUAAAAAUAAAUGUAAAGAAAAAUUAGAUAAAUAAAUAGAAUAUUUUAUAUAUAAAUGUACAGUAUAUACACUUAAACAGAUAAUAUACAAUGAUAAAAACAAAACAAUGCUUAAAAUAAAUAAGAUCAGCUAUGUUGUAAUGUUCUGCAUCGCAGUAAAGAUUUAUAAAUACAAAACAAUAGCAUCAUUGCAAAACAGAAUGUGGUACAAUAAUAAUCUUAUCUCGAUUAUUCAAAGACGUAAUAGAAAAUAAAAUUCCAUUAAUCGCCCUACUUUAAUUAAAAAGCUCUAAUUACCUGUUUAAAGUUUAAUCACAACAGUGUUCCUGAAGAACAGGCACAGAAACUGUAAUUCAAUUAGAAGGGAGCACACACUGCAUAAAACACGACUAGAACGAGGAUACUUUUGUUUUUGUGGCCCGAAAUUACAGACGGCAUAUCAGCUGUUGUUGUGCUUCGUCGAGUAGAAAACAUUUUUCUGUAACUAGUUUCAUUUAAAAAAAGGCACAAAAGAAAAGACCUGAGAGUGAGUCUUUCAUCGACAGCAGGGUCCUGCUGGAUGUGAACAGCAUAAGCAACCUCAGCUAUAUUUGUUCUGUCUUUUGUUUUACUUUCAACCCCUUCAUUUAUGCACAUUUCUUCGAGAAAACAACUCAAGCUAUUAUCAGAAGCUCAGACACGUGUCUGCUGCCUGACGUAUCUCUUGGGAGGAGUUAAAGGUUAAAUAUGAAUGUAUGUUUAUGCUUGUAUGCGAUCAGUAUGUCAAUGCCAGUAAGGUAUGCAUUUUGUUAAACGGUUACAGUUAUAAUGCGUGGAGGUUCUUAAUUGUUUUUAAUAAAGUGGCACUGAACACAAAGUACAGCUGAGGCUGAUGAGAAUGUGCUUAUCUUUGCAGAUAUUUGGUCAUAAACUAAAGUAUUGGAUGAAUUUAAUGUUUCACCUGAUGAAGUCGGGGAAUCACCAAAGUUAUACAAAUGUUUUCUGAGGUAGACAUGAGUGCCAAUCCAUCUCAUAGUUCAGACGUUUCACUCCAAUCCACAAAUAUCAACCUGCUGGUGGCAAUCACAUAUCACCUGAGUCAUUAGGACUCAUCUUCUGGGGAACAUGAAUGUCUGUACAACAUUUCAUGGCAAUCUGUUUAUUAGAGAUAUUUUAGUCUGGACUAAAGUGGUGACAUUUCCAUUCAUUGAGUCAUUCCGCUCGGAUGGCAAAACACCGAAGUGACUAUUAAGAGCUGGUACAGCAAAAAACAUACCACAACAAGAUCCAAUCAAAAUCCUAAAAGGUGUUGUAACAUUUGUAUUAUUUAGGGCUCAAAACAUACUAUAACUACAGAUCUUAUGUUGUCAUGAUGCAAAAUACCAAAUCUUGCUGAAACACAUGAGCUAUUAUAUGUACAAUUAUUAAAAUUAAUGAAUGUAUCAUUGAUGUGAAUAGGUGGCACAUGCACAUUUAUGAAGUUACUACCUUUAAACAAAGACACAAAAGAGGAGGGAAGAGUAAACUACGUGUUUUAAGGGAGAAUAAAUAUUUGAAAGCAAUGCAGAAUUCCUGAGAGCUUUACUGCAUUAUAUUCCAUUAAGUUUCCCAUUGUCUCAACGUUUUCCUUUACAUUAAUAACGACAUUUGAUUGAUUCCAGCUGCAUUGAGAGAAAAGUAAUUAAGCGUUAUGUCAGGACUGCAAAGCUUUCAGUUACGGUUAGCUAACAUGUAAUCUGUGUAGUGACAGUCACUCAUGACUUUUUAAUGAGCUGCUCGGUGUUGCACUUUCCCUGUGAAGUUGUUAAUUUAUGUGAUGUCAGUGUGAAGCUCUGCUGCUCCCAGGAAUACAUGUUAUACUUCUCCUGAUAACACCUGUACGUUUAAUUAAAGGAUGUGUCGAAGUAAA